CCCGCAACCCGCAGCCCGCAGCUCCACGCCCUCCGCCCUCCCGAGUGUCCCAGCCGGCCUUCGCCCUGAGAAGGACCUGCCCGGCGGCGGCGGCGGCGGCGGCGGCGGCUGCUCGGUCUUCGCAGGGUUUACAACCGACUCCCGACGGGAGAAGACCGUCCGGACAGUCCCGCCCAGCCGCGCUAAACCAAGACCAGCCGCGCUCAACCGAGACCCGCCGCGCUGAGCCCAGACGCGUCGGGGGGCGAGGACACGGGGCCGCUCGGCAGCCAGCAGAGCCCCGGGGGGACGGGGACCCAUGGGACCCCCCAGCUGAGACCCCCGCUGCGCCUCCCCCGCCCUCGCAUGGGGCUGAGCUUCCCCAAGGGCGGGGGGCGGCAGGGGUCCAGCCUGGGGUCCUGGCUCUGCCGCUUCUUCCAGCGUCGCCAGUCCUGGGCCCAGGUCCUGGACGAACUCAACCUGCUGCAGCACAAGAGGAUUUCGGAGUCGCCACUGCUCCUGGCAGCGAAGGAGAACAAUGUGCAAGCUCUAAACAAACUGCUCAAAUUUGGCUCCUGCGAUGUCCGUCAGAGAGGGGCUCUGGGGGAGACGGCCCUGCACGUGGCGGCGCUCUAUGACAACCUGGAGGCCGCCAAGGUCAUCAUGGAUGCCGCCCCGGACCUGGUCACGGAACCCAUGACCUCUGAUCUGUACGCAGGUCAGACGGCUCUGCACGUGGCCGCUGUGAAUCAGAACGUGCCCCUGGUGCGUGCCCUGCUGGCCCGCGGGGCCCAAGUCUGUGCCCGAGCCACCGGUUACGCCUUCCACCGGAGCCCACACAACCUCAUCUACUUCGGGGAGCAUCCUCUGUCCUUCGCGGCCUGCGUGGGCAGUGAGGAGAUCGUGCGGCUGAUCCUUGAGCAUGGAGCUGACAUCAGGGCCCAGGACUCCCUGGGAAACACCGUGCUCCAUAUCCUGGUUCUGCAGCCCAACAAGACUUUUGCCUGCCAGAUGUACAACCUGCUGCUGUCCUGCGAGAAACAGGGGGGUGGCCUGCAGCCCCUCGAACUCAUCCCCAACCACGAGGGCCUCACACCCUUCAAACUGGCGGGCGUCGAGGGCAACACCGUGAUGUUCCAGCACCUGAUGCAGAAGCGGAAGCACGUCCAGUGGUCGUUUGGGCCACUGACCUCCACAUUUUAUGACUUGACCGAGAUCGACUCCUGGGGCGAAGAACAAUCUCUGCUUGAACUCAUCGUCACCACCAAGAAGCGUGAGGCCCGCCAGAUCCUGGACCAUACUCCGGUGAAGGAGUUGGUGAGCCUCAAGUGGACGAGGUUCGGCCGCCCUUACUUCUGCCUGCUCGGAGCCAUCUACGUCCUCUACAUGGUCUGCUUCACCAUGUGCUGCAUCUACCGCCCGCUGAAACCAAAGCCUGGCAACCGCACCGGGAGCCGCGACACCACCGUUGCUGUGCAGAAGCUGCUACAGGAGUCAUACACGACACCCUCUGAUGCCGUCCGGCUGGUGGGGGAGCUGCUGACCGUGGUCGGGGCUGUGGCCAUUCUGCUCCUGGAGAUCCCGGACAUAUUCAGGGUGGGAGUGACCCGCUACUUCAGACAGACCAUCCUCGGGGGGCCUUUCCACGCCAUCGUCAUCACAUACGCAUGCAUGAUCCUGGGGACGUUGGUCAUGCGUCUGACCAACACGGACGGCGAGGUGGUGCCCAUGGCCUGCGCCCUGGUGCUGGGCUGGUGCAACGUCAUGUACUUCGCCCGUGGCUUCCAGAUGCUGGGUCCCUUCACCAUCAUGAUCCAGAAGAUGAUUUUUGGGGACCUGAUGCGGUUCUGCUGGUUAAUGGCUGUGGUGCUCAUGGGAUUUGCUUCAGCCUUCUACAUCAUCUUCCAGACCGAGGAUCCAGAAAACCUGGGCCAUUUCUCCGACUACUCCAUGGCGCUGUUCAGCACCUUCGAGCUGUUCCUGACCAUCAUCGACGGGCCGGCCAACUACGACGUGGACCUGCCGUUCAUGUACUGCCUGGUCUACUCCGCCUUUGCCAUCAUCGCGGCCCUGCUCAUGCUCAACCUGCUCAUUGCCAUGAUGGGCGACACCCACUGGCGUGUGGCCCACGAGCGCGAUGAGCUCUGGAGGGCGCAGGUGGUGGCCACUACGGUGAUGCUGGAGAGGAAAAUGCCACGCUGCCUCUGGCCCCGCUCAGGCAUCUGCGGGCGUGACUACGGGUUGGGUGACCGCUGGUUCCUCAGGGUGGAGGACCGCCAUGAACGGCAUCACCAGCGCCUUCAGCGUUACGCGCAGGCCUUCCGAGAGUCAAGGCUCGACGAGGAUGACAAGGACACCCUGGACAAACUGGACAAACUGGACAGGCUGGACCUGGCCCUAGCCGCCUUCAAGAAACACCUGUCCAUCCCCACUCCCUCCGUGUCCCGCAGCACCUCCCACAGCAGUGCCAACUGGCAGCGGCUGCGUGAGGGCACAUUGGGUCAGCUACAAGGGAUGGUCAACCCGGCCCUGGAGCAGGAUGGGGAAGAGGAGGAGGAAGAGGAGAGAGUUUACCAGGUGUGAGUGACCGUGCUCAACACUGCCUCCCCACAGUGGGACUGGAACAGGUUGUCGUCCUCCCCACGAACACACACAUAAUGGGAUGGGUUGGAAACCCCCAACACCCAUGGCGGGAAUGGAGCAGGUUCCCCUUCCAACUCACACACAGUGGAAUGGGUUGAUAACCUCCCAACCUUGGUGCGAAUGGGACAGGCCAGUGUUUUCUCCCCUCCCCACCUGCUUUCCCACACAUGGUGGGGCACGGAACAGGCUGCCACACACAAGCACUCCAGGAAUGGAACAGCCUCGUAUGCCUUCCUGGUCUCCCCCCCAGAGAGGAAGUGAAAAGACCCAGGAGCACUGUUCCCAUCCCCUCUGCUGUGGCCUGGGCCCCAGGGUGCUCCACAGAUAGACGCUUCUUCCCACCUCUGUCUCAGUGGACACAGGAUAAGACCAGAUGAUAUGUCCUUAGGCCCCAUCCGCCAGGCUCCCCUCUGCUCUGGCCUGGGCCCCAGGGUGCUCUACAGAUAGACACUUCUUCCCCCCUCCUCCUCCAUGGACACAGAAGGACGAGACCAGAUGAUAUAUGUCCGUAGGCCCCUUCUCAGAACCCGGCCUCCCUCUGCCCCCUUCUCCCUGUGAUGGCGUAGAAGGGAAGCUGUACUUUUCAGAGGAAGGUUGGGGGGUGAGGACUGGUCAGUGCCCCUUUUUCAAGCCUCAGCAGCCUCGCUCUCCCCCUUCCCCCCCGAUUAUUUGCACUGCCAGACAAAAGCACUUUAAGGGCACGCGCAGGCGCCCCCUCCUCUGAGAUCCCAUCCCAAUCACCCAACAGCUAGAACUCCACCUCCCCCUGCUGCCUCAACCCCUGUGAGAGAAAGGAGGUGUGAGGGGCCGGCAAGGGGGAUGACUGAGACCAUUGAGCGGGCACGUCUGGAGACGUGGUUGGUGUGUGAGAGUUGGACCUGGGGUGGUCACUCCCGGCCAACAACCCCUUCCAAUAAAUUCUGCUCCCUGGCCCGUC